AUGGGAAAAGGUGGACAUAAUACAUUUAUUAAAAGUAAUGAUAAUCAACAAUCAGAUUUAACAUCAUUAUCAACAUUACCUCAUCGAUUACCGACACUAUCUGAAAUCAAACUUAAAAUACCAUCUCAUUGUUUUCGUCCAACAGUUCGUCAAUCGAUAAGUUAUGUUAUUAAAGAUAUUAUUUAUGUUAUAUUAACAUUUAUUGUCAUGUAUCAAAUUCAAAACAUAUUUAAAUAUGGUUUUUUAUUUUUUCCUAUUUAUUGGUGUAUACAAGGUACUCUUUAUACAUCACUUUUUGUACUUGGACAUGAUUGUGGACAUGGAAGUUUUAGUUCAUAUCAAUUAUUAAAUGAUAUUAUUGGAACUAUCUUACACACUUGGAUAUUAGCACCAUAUUAUACAUGGAAGCUUACCCAUAAUAAACAUCAUAAGAAUACAUGUAAUAUUGAUAAAGAUGAGAUUUUUUAUCCACAACGUGGUAUAUAUUAUGAACCAUCAUUAUUAGAUGAUAUUCUCUUUUGGUUUCCGGGUAUUGGUUGGUUUUAUUAUUUAAUAAAUGGUUAUGCACCAAGAACAAUUAAUCAUUUUAAUCCAUUUGAAUCCUUAUUCUAUAAUCGACAUUUCGUUGGUGCUUGUUCUUCACUCGGUACAUAUUUAGGAAUGUGCUAUUUAAUGUAUCUUUAUGCAAGUUCAUUUGGUUUCAUUAAUUUACUUGUUUAUCAUUUAAUACCAGUAUUUAUUUUUGCCUGUUAUAUGGUUAUUAUAACGAUGUUACAUCAUACAGAAAUUGAUAUACCCUGGUAUGCUGAUUCUGAAUGGAAUAAUGUAAAAGGACAAUUAUCAACUAUUGAUCGUAAUUACGGUUAUGUACAUUCAGUACUACAUUCUAUUGGUACACAUCAAAUUCAUCAUCUUUUUACUAAAGUACCUCAUUAUCAUUUAGAAGAAGCAACAAUACAUUUUCGUAAAGCAUUUCCUGAUUUAGUUCGUUGUAAUGAUGAAUCAAUUCUAUUUGCAUUUUCACGUAUGUUCAAAAUCUUUCUACAACAACGAAGUAUUGAAGAUGAUGUACGAGUGUUUACAUAUACCGAAGAUGGUAAUCAUAACAAUAAUCAAAAAAAGAAUUCAUAA